UCUUCAACUCUCCCCCAAUACCCCUGCUCUUCAAAUCCAAACUCCAACGGUAACAUACGAAGCUCCAGCUUUGAGAGAGCUUCUCACCCCAAAUUUCGAGAUUGGAAGGAAAGGAAUUCGUCUAUCAAACGGCUAUAUUUCGUUUCGCAUCUUCUUGUUUGCUUCCCUACUUCCUCUGUUCCCAAAAUCUCUUCAAUGGCUGUGAUACGAACGUGCUAUUCUCUUUAUCUUCUUCUCUCAAUCAUCCUAACCACAGCCUCAAUGUGUCAUUCCACUGCAUUAGCAUCUUCUGAGAAACCCUCGAAGUCUAUUUCUUCUCAUUUGAGCAGAAAUCCAAAUCUGGAAUCGAAGGUCGACAGCAAAACACCUCUGUGGUGCGUAGCGAAGAACAGCGCCGAAGAUUCAACUUUGCAGUCGGCGUUGGAUUGGACUUGUGGCCCUGGAGGCGCUGAUUGUGGUCCAAUACAGCAGGGAGGUCCGUGUUACGAUCCAAACAAUCUUCAGAACAUGGCUUCCUAUGCCUUCAAUGAUUACUUCCUCAAGCAUGGAACGACAAGGGAAAGCUGCAAUUUUGGUAACACUGGGGAUCUCACCUCCUUAGACCCAAGUAACGGGAAGUGUGUUUUUCCAUCAAGCUCACUGGUACUCAGUGGGAGCUUUGGUGGAACAGCUCAGGUAGGACCAACUGGAGCAGAUAUCAAUGGUUGUCAGGCCAUCAGCAGGUGGAGUUGGACCUUAAUCAUCUCUCCUUUGGUUUUCACAUCUACACUAUUAGCCUUUUUAAUUUGAAAAGAGAGAGAGAGAGAGAGGGCAGAGUGAAAUUC